CCCACCUUCCCCUGCCUUCCCUCCGGCUCUCAUCAGCCGUCUCCUUCCUCGGCUCCUCCUGUUCGAACUUGGCUUCCUCCAGCGAGAGAGCCCACCCAGCCGCCGGUCCCGAGGACAGGUCACUCACCACCCCACCACCAGCUGGUUCUCAGCGAGUCAUCCGCUCCGGCGAUCGCCGGAGAGCCAGAGCCCGUCGGCGGGACCCGGUGAGUUCCCGAUCCCGGCCCCUGGUGCGGGGAAAUUCCGAAUCAAGCACCGGGAAACAUUGGAUCUGGUCUGAUUCCUCCGAGCUCCUGGGUUGGGGCAGGCACGCACGCUGCGAGCUUGGCUUUGCGGUGGACUGGUUCGAACCGGCUCGCAGAUCGCGGCCGGGGAGGUGUGGAAUGGGAGAUCGGGGGCCGGCCGCGGUGGCGAGAUGGUGACCGCGAGCUUCAGCCGGAGCACGUCGGCGCGGCUCACAGCGAGGGGCGGCGUAGGGAGCCCCCGGGUCUCGUCGUCCGCGCACCGCAAGUGGUGGGGGUCACCGUCUUUUGAGAGCACCGUCGCCCUGGCCCUUUGCCUGGCCUCCGUCGCGCUCGUGCUCUCCUGCGGCCUAUACCUCUAUGUCUCCCGGUACCUGGGCCAGGGCCAGGGCCAGGACCGCGCGGUGGCCGAGUUCGCCGGCGACAAUCUGGACUCCUGCAACGUGUUCGACGGAAGCUGGGUGCGGGAUGAGAGGUACCCCCUGUACAACAGCUCCGAGUGCCCGUUUGCGGAGAGGGGGUUCAACUGCCUCGCCAAUGGCAGGAGGAGCACCGAGUACCUCAAGUGGCGGUGGAAGCCGCGGCGAUGCGACAUGCCGCGCUUCAGUGCCCGGAGCGUGCUGGAGUGGCUCAGAGGGAAGAGGGUUGUGUUUGUGGGGGAUUCGAUGAGCCGAACACAGUGGGAGUCCUUCAUCUGCAUGCUCAUGACAGGGGUGGACGAUCCCAACAAGGUCUACGAGGUGAAUGGCAACCAGAUCUCGAAGACGAUCCGAUUUUUAGGAGUGAGAUUCGAGUCAUUCAACCUCAGUGUGGAGUUCUUUCGGUCGGUGUUCCUUGUACAGCAGACCCCUGCCCCUCCUGUCCAUGUGACAAAAAGGGUCCGCGCAAUUCUCAAGCUCGAUAAGAUGGAUGAUAUUAGCAGGAAAUGGGCGAAUGCCGACGUGCUUAUUUUCAAUUCAGGGCAUUGGUGGACUCCCAGCAAAUUAUUUGACAUGGGUUGUUAUUUUGAGGCUGGAGGCUUGCUUAAACUUGGAACGUCAGUUAAUUCUGCUUUCAAAAUGGCACUGGAAACAUGGGCUUCAUGGGUCAAGGAAAAAGUGGAUUUAAAACGAACACGUGUCUUCUUCCGGACAUAUGAACCUUCUCAUUGGAGUGGCUUGAACCAAAAAGUAUGCGAAGUAACAGAAAGACCUACAACUGAGGCCAUAGGAGCUGACAGGAGUGAAUUUAGGGAUAUACUUGCUGAUGUUGUUGCGAACAUGAGCGUUCCUGUCACUAUACUGAAUGUGACUUUGAUGGGGGCCUUCAGGAGUGAUGCGCAUAUUGGUAUUUGGAGUCACCCUUCUACCAUACUUGAUUGCAGCCAUUGGUGUCUUCCCGGAGUUCCAGAUGCUUGGAAUGAGCUAAUAUUUUCUCACCUUUUGACGGAUGGAGUUGAAUAACGGCUUCUGACACCGAGUCAUGUCCAAUUCCGCAGGUUGGCGAAAGCUGGCCGACUGACUGUUUGACAUUGUGCGCUCAACCUUCUUGUUUUUCUGGUCGAGUAUCAUGCUGCUUCUUGCAUUUUUAUGCGCUGCAAAAAGGAGCGAAGGCAUGAAGCCUCAGCAGACAGCAGUACGUGUACAAGUUGCUCCAUUCCGCAUCCUUUCUUCGGUUAGCUCGAGUAAGAAUUGCAUAUCCCCUGUCAUAUAGAGUAGAUACUAGGUUGUUGUCUGUUUUUGCGUUUUAUUAGUCUUUUUGGACAUACAAAACAUCACAGUUUGUAACCUGCAUGCACAAACCGAUGGAAUGCAAUUUUGGAAAUUCAUCUCUCCCGCACGAAAA